AAAUUUAAAUUAAAAAUCAACGAAAUACGACUUUAGUUUGUUUUUUUACAGAACAAAAUAAAUAUUUAUUGGAUCUGAAUGAUCUGAUGAACAUUUUUCAAAAAAUUCAGUUUCGUUUCGUGUUUUCAAAUUUCUAAACCUGACUGCAUAUUUUGCAUUUCUCAUUUUCCCUCCAAAUUCAAAAAUUCAAAAAUGACUGAUAACUUGAUAAGAAUUUCCAGGAAUUGUGAUAAUUGAAAAUGAAAAAUUGAAAAUGCGUGUGUUACAAUAAAAUAAUUGCAUCGGUUGAAGUUUUAUUUCCAUCUUCGCUCACAAGCUUCGACAAUACAGAAAUAGACUUCCUCCAUAACAUGGACAGCAUGGCUACGAACAUUUUGGAUGAAACUCUGAAAACCGAGACUUAUAGUAUGGAUGUAGAUAUGAUUGAUACUGGGAAACACACUUCGAAUCUUACAAUGUUAUUUACUCACCUAAAAACCGAAACUGAUAUGGAUGCGAUGAAUGCUUCGGAUCGUUCAAAAUUAUUAGAUCAAGGGUUAAGCGUUGUGAUAGCUGAUAAACUCGACGAUAUUUUCAAGACCGGUAAAUUGACGUUCGCUGAUCUCGAUAAACAUGCCAUCAAAACUUUGAAAGAAUUCCCUACCGACGGAGCUCUGGAAGUAUUAUCAGAGUUCGCCCAGUCCAAUGUUGGCAAUAUAUGGUUUAAAUCUGCCUAUCUGUGCGGUAUGCUGAAAAAGUACAUUGUGAAUAAGGAAACUUUCACGAUCAAUCCUGCUAGUGCUACCGAAAGACUCGACGAACAAAAUAGAAAUGCGUCUGGGUGCUCGAAAGAUGAAAAAACAUAUCAGGAAAAACACGAUGGUCUGCCUUCAGAUUCGAAAGGUUCGGAAGGACUCAAAUGUCGUACCAGUUCCAAAACGAUGACGAAAAUCCAGAAAAAUGAGACCAAAUAUCCAGGAAAACUUGGCAAAGAAUAUUUUUUAGUUGACAAAUACCGCAAGGAAUGGCACCGCAUGAAGGAAUUGUACGCCAAAGCUUCAACUACAGAGGUGCAAGUUGAACACUUGAAGUCGUAUAUCGAUGUACAGGCAAAGUAUUACAAACAUUUCACCAAUUACUAUCGAUUAACACGAGAACGUGAUCUGAAAAAACUGAAAGAAUUACAAGCUAAACUCGGCUGUUGAAUUUGUGGAAUUAAUACGUUUAUAGUUACCUAAGUCAUGUUCCAUUAGCAUUACCGAUAAAAAUAAUCAUGUAUUUAUAAGUAUAAUAUGUACCUAUUUCAUUUCUUUCGUUAUUUUUUUUAAUAAACUUUUUUGACAAAA